AUCUGUAAUGCAAAAUGAACGACAUAUCAGACCGGGAAGAGAGAGAACGAAAGAGAGAGAGAAGAGAGGGAGAGAACGAAAGAGAGAGAGAGAAGAGAAAGAGAGAGAGAACGAGAGAGAGAGAGAGAGAGAGAGAGAGAGAGAGAGAGAGAGAGAGAGAGAGAGAGAGAGAGAGAGAGAGAGAGGUAGUGUGAGAGAGAAAGAGAGAGAGAGAGGUAGGGUGAGAGAGAGAGAGAGAGAGAGAGAGAGAGAGAGAGAGAGAGAGAGAGAGAGAGGGGCAGAGAGAGAGAGGGAGAGUGGGGCAAAGA